GAGGAGGAGGAGGAGGAGGAGGAGAGGUGAUGGUACAAAGUAAUGAUGAUCCAGUCCACAGAGGGAUUAUACCAAGCCCUAAUGAACAGGGUCAUCAAGGAGAGGACCCGGGAAGCACCAGUAUUAAUACACAUAGACACAAGAGGGAGAAGAAAAAGAAAAAGAAGAAGAGAGAGAAGAGAGAAGGAGAAGAUGAAAGACCUGGAACAGACGGUCGACGGAGACAGAAGAGGAGGACUCGCUUAACAGGAGCGGAUGACACCUCACACAUGGCGACAACAGAUACAGGCGGUCCUGUGAUCCUCGAGAUGAAGGAAGUUUACAUCACUGGUAACCAAAGUGAUGACGUGACGAUGGAAGAUGGUGACGUCGUAAGCCAUGGAGCCAUUAAGCAAGUGACCCCUGUGAGAGAUAGAGAAGACAGGACCGACUACAUAGAGCCGGGUGGUCCUUCUGGUUCAAAAAUUUUCCACACUCAGAUCGACUGGACGCCCCGCACGUCUCACACUGAAGAGGAUCCUGUCAAACAGUCAUCUUCGCUGCCCCAGAUCGACGAGAACCAGAUGGAACGGUCAUCCUCGGUGAAGGAAAACACCGAGUGUUCUUCUCCGACAGACACUUCUCAUUACUCGCCGUCUGGGACACCGUGUCAGGAAGUCGUACAACCAGGGAAACCUUCUAAAGAUCCCUCGCCAUUAGGAUCGUCAAGGGACUCGAUGGCAUCACCAGGACUCUAUGGGGAACAAUUACCAAUACUAAGAAUAUCCAGGGACUCUUUGACAUCGACAGGACUCCCCGAGGGUCAAGCACCUUCACUAGGAAUGUUCAGGGAUUCCUUGACAUCACCUGGACUGUCUGAGGUCCCAUCAACCUCAUUAGGGAUGUCCAGAGACUCACUGACAUCGACAGGACUCCUCGAGGGCCAAGCAUCGUCACUAAAAAUAUCCAGGGACUCGUUGGCACCACCUGAACUGUCCGAGGACUUUCCACCAUCACCAGGAUCGACAACCCUGGCAGGAUACCCCUCACCAGUGGUGCUGGAAGAGAUGGAGAACCUGGACCACUUCGAGGAUCCUUUCGACAAUGUGAGGUGUGUGAAGGUAGAGGCUGAGGGAGAGAUUCCUACAGGUUCCCUCCUUAACCCUCCGGACAAGGGCUGUGUUAGGAGAAUCUCUUAUAAACUGGCUGUUGGCCGUAACUCUCUGGACAUUGGAAAUGACCCAAGUGCUGUAUGAAGAGUCCUUUUGUGAAACACAGUGAGGUGCUGGAUGACCACAGUGUUUACUAGGGCGUGUCGUCAGCGGAGUGUUCCUCAACAUCUCUAGAAUUGUGUAGGAUGUUGAGUCGUCCACUACUAAACAUUCUGUGCUAUCUUUAGAGUCAAUAACCGAUUGUGUUAGUGUUUUGUACAUAAUGUUUUAUAGGAGCUGUGCAUGAUAAAAUUAUAGGCAUUAUGUUAGUAAAUACAGUAUAAUCCAAAUUAGGAGAGAGACACAUAGAGAAGCAGACAGACAGACGGACACAGAAAAAUGUUUAUUAUUCUGUUUAUUUUUCAUAAUAUUAAGUACAGCUUAUAUAAGUUUCCCUCAGUGAUAUAUUUUCCUUGGGUCACCUAUAUAUUUGUCCGGACUCAUAUACGACUCCCAUAUUCUGCCCUGUUAUAUAAAUACCUACAGUCAUAAUAUUAAUAGCCCAGUGUAUUGUCCGUCAUAGAUUUAAAAUGUAUUUAUAAAUUACAAUAUAUCUUUAUAAUUAUACAGUAUAUUGAUAUAUUUUUACUGGUGCUUUACAUGUUGUAUUAUUUUAAGAUCUAUUUUGAACUAUUGUAGGACACGUUUUGUUCUGGGUUGUGACGCAUUUUGUACUUCUCCAUGACGCAUUUUGUACUUCUCCAUGACGCAUUUUGUACUUCUCCAUGACGCAUUUUGCACUUCUCCAUGACGCAUUUUGUACUUCUCCAUGACGCAUUUUGUACUUCUCCAUGACGCAUUUUGUACUUCUCCACGACGCAUUUUGUACUUCUCCACGACGCAUUUUGUACCAUGACAAUGUACAGUUUAUACACCACCAUACAAAUAAUUUCUAAUAAAUAAAUAAAAAAUUACAUGUCAAUUACAGAAACUUACCAGCCAAAUAUUCUUGUCCUUUAGGUGUGAGAUAACACUGAUAUCAUUAAGCUAAGUAACCGUGUGCUAUUCUCCUGCCUCAGACUCCAUUACACACUAACUGAGAAAGCUACCAGGAGUUUGUCUUGGGUUAUAUAAUGUAAUUAGGAAGUAUGUUGUUGUGCUACUUAACAUAACACUAUAUUUUUUUACACCUACGAGAUGUAAAUUAACAAACUGACACCUA